UUGGGCGGCGUGAUCUCGCCGCGGUUCCGCGGCUGUGCAGCCCCAGCAGAGCGCGCCAGGCGGGCUGGGCCGGUGGCUAUGGCGGGCGCCGAGGACGGGCCGGGCCAGCGUCCAGAGCUCGACGAGGACGAGGCGGCAUACUGCAGGCGCUGGGGCGCGCAGCACGCCGGGGCCCGAGAGCUGGCCGCGCUCUACUCGCCAGGCAAGCGCCUCCAGGAGUGGUGUUCUGUGAUCCUGUGCUUCAGCCUCAUUGCCCACAACCUGGUCCACCUCCUGCUGCUGGCCCGCUGGGAACACACGCCCCUCGUCAUCCUAGGCAUAGUCGCAGGGGCUCUCAUUGCUGACUUCCUGUCGGGCCUGGUGCACUGGGGAGCCGACACGUGGGGCUCCGUGGAGCUGCCCAUCGUGGGGAAGGCUUUCAUCCGCCCUUUCCGGGAGCACCACAUAGACCCCACAGCUAUCACGAGGCACGACUUCAUCGAGACCAAUGGUGACAACUGCCUGGUGACACUGCUGCCGCUGCUAAACAUGGCCUACAAGUUCCGUACCCAGAGCACAGAAGCCCUGGAGCAGCUGUACGCCUGGGAGUGCUUCGUCUUCUGUCUCACCAUCUUUGGCACCUUCACCAACCAGAUCCACAAAUGGUCGCACACAUACUUUGGGCUGCCGCACUGGGUCACCCUCCUGCAGGACUGGCACAUCAUCCUGCCGCGGAAACACCACCGCAUCCACCACGUCUCGCCCCACGAGACCUACUUCUGCAUCACCACAGGCUGGCUCAACUACCCCCUGGAGAAGGUGGGCUUCUGGCGGCGCCUGGAGGACCUCAUCCAGGGCCUGACUGGCGAGAAGCCCCGGGCAGACGACAUGAAGUGGGCCCAGAAGAUCAAGUAGCUUCGCCAAGCCUGCCGCCUGGUUGCCAAGCUCCCCAGCCUGCGAACCGAAGCCAUCUGCCAAAUCCCAGCCUGCUUGAGCUGGCCUCUCCAGGUGGAGGGGACAACUCCUGGGCUGGGCCCAGGCACUCCCAGCCUACCCCUUGGGGCACAGAAUACUUGAGCCACUGAUUUUUCAUUUCCUCUUUUCAUUUUCUUUCCUUGGGCUCCCAAGCUGCUCCGCCCGCCUGCCUGACUGCACAAGAGGGAGCCCGCCCUGCUCACUAUCCCUGGGGCAGAGGCCACACCCCUGCCCCCCUCCCUGGGUGGCCCUUCAGUGUGGCUGGCUUUGGGGCCACUAAGUCACCUCCUUGCCCUCCUCUGGCCCCAGAGAGGCCGGGGAGUCCCUGGGACACAAGUGUCCCCUGACCCUUGUCCUGCUGUAGCUCUGCAAACUGAUCAUGGAAGCCUGCAUGGGUGGACAGCUGCAGCCACCAUUGUGGCCCUGCGCCUUCACCCAAGGGUGGCGGCACUCAGCAAGGGUCUGAGGGCAGCCAGCCAGAAGAGGGUGGAAGCCCCUGCCCAAGUUCCGGCACUCCCUUCCCAGCCCUCCCCCAUGUGCCCACGUGUUCCAGCAGAUCUGACACUUCCAUAGGGGACCUCUUUGCAGGGCACAGUGCUUGAAGAAGUCUUGGUCAUUUGGGAAGGGGACACUAUGUCCCUUCUGGCCAAGGUGUCAGGAGGAAGAGUGGGACAUUUUUAAUUUUUUUUUUUUUAAAGGUGCUUGCUUGUUUAAUGUAAAUAAUAGAAAGCCUUAAUAUCUUUUUCUGUAACACGGAGUAAUAUUUUAAUGUCAUGUUUUGGAUGUACGUAAUAUAUUUAUAACAAAGCACCAAGAGUCAACUUAACCUUGA